GCCGCGUGCCUGGUGCGGGUCCUCCGGUAUGCAGCUGAAGAGGCCGAAAGAGGAGAUGCCUUCCAAACUUCGAGGCAACGUGAGGUGUAUGAGUCUCUGCAGUUGAACGCCCUGUUCUGUGCCGACCUCUUCGGCAAAGAUGCUGCUCUUGAGUUUCUGAGCUCAACGAGUUGGCCCAAUCGGCUCUUAGACGUCGAGGUGCACCUGCGCUCCUCCGUGCACCCAGCGGUCACCAAGCGCUUGUCCGCGCGGCUGCCGCCAGGUGUGGAAACCUACGAGCAGCUGAGGCAGCUUUGGCCGCCGCCGGCCUCCUUGAGACCGGGCUCGGUGGAUCCGCAGGGAAUCUCCGCCGCCUGCGACUUCUGCCACCGGCAUGCGCUGAGGAGGCCCCUGCAACUCCUCUCCGUGGAUGGCGGGCACUGCGCCCUCUGGCUGGAGCCUGCGGUGAGCUUCCAGGCGCUCUUCCAGGAUUUGGUCACCACGCGCCUGGCCUCCUAUAGGGAAGGGGAGUACUGCACAUCCUUGAUGGGGAACAGCUCCUUUGCGAAGCUCGAGAUGUCCAGCAACCAGCAGUACUUCAGCAACAAUCCCCUCUUCCGCAGUGCGGACGUAUUGGUGGCCCAGUGGGUCGGCGAGGCUGGCAAGCUGCGUGUGCACUACUCCAAGCCUGUGAUCGCGUAUCUCGGAUUUCUCCUGCUGAACGACCCCGUCGUCGGCAAGUACCAUCCCUGGAGUGAGCCACUGGACCACUACUGGGAGAGGUUCACAUUUCUUCAGGACUGUGAUGUCCAUUCGCUGCAGGGCAAACCGCCCAAAGAUGGCGGACCCCCAUGCGCGGUUGUCUACGAGGAGCCGCAGCUGGCGGAAGCUGCAUACUGGCAGACAGGUUCUCGCAAUCCCAGCGUGCGGCCUCUCUCGCUGUACGUUGGCGCCACGCACCGAGCGGAGGUUGCCUCGGAGGAGGUGCUUGUCAUCAACCGCGGCCGGCUCGUUCGGGAUGUGCACUUUACCAUGGCACUGAUGGCGAUGCGCCAUCCCUCCUAUCCGUAUACGUUUGUGGAUCAAAAGAAGCACAUGCCCUAUGCGGACAUGGCCUUGUACAGGGCCGCCGUCAUGAUGCCGUGGGAUCUCAAUUUGGUUAUGUUUCACGAUCUCUACGCCAUGAACUUGCCGCUCUUCCUUCCCGACCUCCCCGGCUUGCAUCGCGUGGCCGCCACGUACUUCUCCCGAUUCAAGAUGAAUUCGGCGCAUGAUGAGCAGCCCUUUGGUGAGCAGAUGAUCAGUGGGCGCAACUCACCCCAUCCGUACUCGCCCUUCGAGCUGGAGCACUUGGAGGCCAGGGACUACUGGCUUCAGUUUACCGAGUACCUGCGGGCUCCUGCAGUUGGGAGAUUUGCUGGGCUUCCUGACCUGCUGUUGCAGGUCGCCAACCUGAACGGUCCGGCGGUCUCUGCGGCAAUGCAGGACCAGAACAAGCUCUCCUUUCAGCAAAGCCAGGCGUUCUGGUCGCGCGUCCUCGGUGUUUUCCAAGAUCUAGGUCUGCCAGCCUCAGCAGCCAAAGAUGCAGCACCCGUCUGGCACUUCAAAACCCCCUGGGCCGACUCUCUCUGCUGGUCGGGGGGGUUGUCGGAGGCGCGUUGCUGCGACCCCGCCUUCGGAACAGUUGGAGCGCCUGGCUGCUUUGAUGACUUCUGGACCUUCCAUCGCUGUUGCGUGCAGAAUCUGUCGUUCCCACCCCUGGACGAUGCAGCUUGUGGCAGUGGCGGGCCCUACGGCACGACGCUGGUCUCUCCUCUUGAUGGCCCUCCUUGGGUUCAGGAGCUUCCCAGCCAAGAGGAGCCCUUCGUCUUCAUCUGGGAUGAGAAGUCUGGUGGCACGGCCUUCAUGCAGUGGCUCAAGUACUCCGUCUGGAAGCUGGGCAAGCUCGAGUCUUCCUUCAUGUACACAAUGCCAGGCCAUCCCGUCGCGGUGGGAAGCCCCUUCUAUUUGAAGACCGCCGGUCCAGAGGCGAGAGCGAGGUUCGAAGUGGUAUCUGGCCACUUCGACUGGCGUGUGAUGCAUGAGGGGGUCGACUGCCCGAGCCGAAAGAAGGUCCGUUGCUUCUUGCUCGUGCGGGAUCCAAUCGACCGCUUUCUGUCGUACUACCGAGAGCGCACUGACGGGCGCUUUGCUCGAGGAUUGGGCCGCGGUCCUUCAGGCUGGAGCGCUCCGGCCUGGCGUCGCUACCUGCGCAGUGUGGAGCGCGCUCGUCUGUGGUACGAUGGCAAGGAGACCGGCGUCUUCUGCAACAGGGAGAACAUGCUCUGCGUGGAUCUCGAGAAGACGGGUCAUGCUCAUCCCUUGGCCCAUCGUGUGCGGCCGAAGGCAGCCAAGGAGAAGUUCUACUUCCGCUUCCUGGGCGGUCCACAGAACCGCCUUGCCUGGGCUCUGGACCCGGAGCACGGGAAGGCUCGAACCGCCAUUUGGCGGCUGCGGCGCUGUGUGGUGGGCUUGCAGAUGGAGGAUCCCAAGGGCUUCCGGGAGGUGCUUGGACACCAUUUCCCAUGGCUCCAUGAGUUGAAGGAGCCCAGGCGCGCGCGCAGUGCGACGGAUGCCGCGAGAUCCCGUGGCGGCACAUUGCGCCGAACGUUGCCGAGCUUCGCAUUGCAGCAGAUCGCAGCUUUCAACCGGCAGGACAUGCUCAUCUACGCUGCUGCCAGGCGGGUUGUGACAGAUGGUGGGCAGAAGAGCGUCACAGUGAUCGACUCCGGUGAUUUGCCCCCUGGUGCGAUCAUCUCCUUCCACACGGGAACUACCCGUCGGCAUGCACAGAUCGAAACAGGAAAGGCCAUCGGUGUUACAGGCAUUGGAACGGAACCUGUGCGCGUGGACCUGAUGACCCAAAUUGGGAGCUACAGCUUCGACGUGACGCCGGGCCAGGACGUGUACGAAGUACCGAUCGCUGCCGCCCCAAACUUGGGAGUGCACGAGGAGGUGAAGCUAAAGUUUCAGAUCCGCGAGACUUCGGAGGCGCCAAAGGAACAAGCGGCCGGAGUCCCAGUUGGCGCCACAAGUACGCCCUCCCGGAAGCUACAGACAGCAUUGAUGAUGCGCACGUACUUGGACAACCACGACGUCUUGCGGCAGAUGCAAGAAUUGCUGCAGGACAUGGUGGCCAAUCGACCGGAAGACCCGGUCGACUUCAUGAUCAAGCGCUUGGAGGCGGUUUGCAAGGACAGCCAGGGCACCGACUACGAUCUCGUCGACGGGGAGACCGCUGGCACGAUCCUCCCCGCAGAGGAACCGAAGCCGAAGCAAGAUGCUGCAGCUGACAGCGAUGAGGACAGCGGAGGUGACGAUGAGGGCCCCGAUCUGCCUCCUCCGCCACCCGUGCAGCGCAAGCAGAGACAGUCCGUGUCUGCGGAGGCCUAUGGUGCCUUCAACGAGCGCAAGGCCUAUGAGCCCAAGGUCAUUCCCAAGGACCAGUCUCAGAAGGACCGCUUAGAGAAGGUCCUGCAGCAGUGUUGGAUGUUCAAGCAUCACACGCCGGAGAACCUCAAGAUCAUAUUGGAUGCGAUGCAGGAGAAGGUGGUGGAAAGUGGGACCCGUCUUAUUCAGCAAGGUGACGAGGGCGAGGUCAUGUGGGUGAUCGAGGAGGGCGAGCUCGAAUGCUUCAAGAAAAUCGGCGACGAGGAGAAGUCUGUCAAGAAAUGCUCGCGCGGCGAUGUCUUCGGGGAGCUUGCGCUCCUCUACAACUGCCGGCGAGCGGCUUCAGUGGUUGCAUCGCAGAAGAGCGUUCUCUGGGAGUUGGAUCGCGAAACCUUCAAGGCCAUCUGCUACGAGGCAGCGCAGAAGGCACCGCCGGAGUAUGAGGGUUUCUCUGCGCCGGGCGGCGCCGCUUCGUCUACGGCUCCGGCUGCAGCAGCUGCAGAGGCCCCAAAAGAGCCAGAGCCACCAAAGGAGGAGCGAGCCGCUUCGAAGGAGGAUGGUGCAGACUCCGACAGCGAUCCGGGGGACACAGCCGAGUCGGUUCCCAUCCAGCAGGUUAAGAGGCCGGUGGGCCGUCGUACUGGUGUUAGUGCGGAGGCGACAAAGGGCGGUGAGGACAGCUGGACUCCGCCUGUGUACGAGAAGACGGCAGAGGAGCGUGCAUCGCUGUCGGAAAUCAUCAAAUCCUCGCGUGAUAGCAAGAUCCACAUGCUCUUUGGCACAGUGAACCAGAAGACAUUCGAAAUGAUCCUGGAUGCCAUGUUCAUCAAGAAGAUCGGCAAAGGCGAGGACGUGAUCUCGCAGGGUGAGGAGGGAGACUAUUUCUACAUUGUCAAGCGCGGGCAGUUUGACAUCUUCGUGAAGAAGGGCGAGGAUCCCCCGAAGAAGAUUGUCCCCACUGUUCGAGUCGAACUUGGGUAUGGGCACUACAGCCGCCAGCCCGCAACCCUCGAAAUCCUGCAGCUGGAACCCCUUGCUGAAGCCGUUCUGCUAUUCAAGAAGCAUCCUCGUUGCAACGUAGUUCUGCGCGCAAAUCACAACAUGGCCAAGCUUGGUGUGUUUGCGGCGCUUCUUUUUACCGCGGCAGUGACUGUCGCAGCCGACCUCAGCAGCAACGUCCUCCGGACACGCACGGCCGAGCCAGAGGCCAGCUCGGAACCCCUGGUGGUACGCCUCCAGCGUGUGGAAGGCUUGCACAGCUCUCACUUCUACGUCGGAAGGUUGGCACUGGGGCAGCCGAAGCCGCAGGAGCUUCAGGUCCUUUUCGACACCGCUUCGGGCCACUUGCUCGUUCCCCACGCCGCCUGCGAGAGCCAAGCCUGCAAGAAGCACAAGCGCUACUCGCCCUUCCUCUCCUCCACCGCCGUGGACGUCAACUCCAAUGGCAAGCGCGUGAGGGAGAAGCAGCGCCUGGUUCGAGGAAAGACCAAGAGGGACGCGGUGAUGGUGGAGUUCACACAGGCCGACCUCGGCGAAGGUGCAGCCCGCGCAGUCCUUGUGCACGACGACGUUUGCCUAGGGACGGAGUUCGGUCAUCAGGUCUGCACGAACCUCGACAUUAUGGCUGCUGUGAACAUGGAUGACGAGCUCUUCGAUGCCAUGCCCUACGAUGGCAUGCUUGGCCUGAGCCUUGCGGGCCUUUCCACGCAAAGCGGCUGCGUCUUCUUCCAACGGCUCAUGGAGACGAACCCAAAAAUGUUGCCGCAGUUCGGGCUGUCCUUCGGGGCCCAGUCGGGGGAGAUCUACUUCGGGGGCCACAACUCUGCGCGCCUGGCAGAGGAGCUGAAGUGGUUCUCCGUGCUGCACCCUGAUGACGGCUUCUGGGAGGUGGCGAUCCAAAGCGUCCGCCUGGGAAAUGUCACGGUGGACUCGUGCCAGGAGGGCUGCCGAGGAAUCAUCGAUACCGGCUCUUCACGGCUCGGUGUUCAGCAGAACAACUUCGAGGCCCUCCGAGCUGCUUUGUCCCAUGCAGUGCCCUUGGUCGGCGGCGGCUGCGAGGGCUCCGAAUUGGAGUUCGACCUCGGGGCGAUGACGCUGAAGCUCCGCGUGGAAGACUACGUCACCGGCUCGGACUGUGCGCCUCAGCUCGGCUCCUUGGAGUUGGAUGCCAAGGAGUUCCACGGUGUCUAUGCCUUUGGAGAGACGGUCCUCCGCCGCUACUACGCCGCCUUCGACUGGCAGGAGAAGCGCAUUGGCUUCGCUCCGGUGGCUCAGCGCCGUGUGCAGCUCGGCAAAGCCGGUCCGACAUUAAGAGGUCCGCAGGCACUGCAGAAGAAGAUCUUCGAUUCCUCUGCAGCAUGCUGGUGUGUCUUCCAGUGCGGGCCUGGCUUCGCUUUCGGCGAGAUGGCUUUGCUCUACACCUGCCCUCGCACCGCCACCAUCACGGCCCAGGACGAGUCGGAGGUCUGGAGUUUGGACCGCACGGCGUUUCGGAACCUCGUCGUCCGCAGUGCGGAAGCUCAGUUCAAGGAGUCCUGCAGUUUCCUCAACUCUUGCGACAUCUUUGCCACUUUGACCCAGGACCAGAUCUGCUCUCUUGCGGAAGUGCUUGAGGAGGAGGAGUUCGACGAUGACGAGGCCAUCGUUGAGCAAGGCGAGAAGGACGACAAGAUGUUCAUCCUCCGCACCGGCCAAGCUGUGGCAUGCAUUGGCGGCGAGAAGGGCGAGAUUGAGGUCAAGCAAUAUGCGAAGGGGGAAUAUUUCGGAGAGAUUGCCCUUCUCAGCGGCCAGCCGCGUAAAGCCAGUGUGUAUGCAGUUGGCAAAGCGACCUGUUUCUAUAUCACCCGGUCGACCUUUCGACGCAUCUUGGGACCUCUUCAAUCCUUCCUGGAGAAGAACAUGGACAAGUACGCCAAGUACCAAGAUGCCAUGAAGGAGGGCGUCAACGAGGAUCUUGUUCUUCAGCUGGGUGUGCUUGGGUGCCUUGGGAAGAUUCAAGAUAUUUUCAGCAUCACUUCGCUCAUGGCUCGGGUCGAGUGCCGCUUCACCUUCCUUGAUGUCCUCCUGGAUGAAGAAGAGCGGGUUCAAGACAUGAGGCGCAACCGUGCACGCAGUGAACCUCCACGUGCCUGUGCGGACAUGGCCAACGAGGAUGACACGGCAGAGCAUGAAUCGACUCCCCAGGCAGACCAGACAAGCACAGAUGCCCCGGGGAUUGAGCCAGAAGCGGAGCCUGCUUCCCAUGCAGCUAUCAGCUUCAACAACGGGAGCAUCGGGCAUCCCAUCCUUUGCAAGCGCCCUUGCGUUCAUGUGGCAAAGGGAGGGCCAUGCCCGCUUGGCGACACAUGCCCUUACUGCCACUUCCCACACCGCGCCCUACACAGGCCCAAGGAGGAGCAGCGAGCUUUCAUGAAGAAGAUGCCGACUGCGGAGCUUCUUAGCACCAUCUUGGGGUUUCUCCAGGAGAAGGCUCAGGCCACAAAGCUCCGAGGAACUGAGCCUCUCUUCGAUCUCCUUCGCGCGGAAAUCCACAAGCAGGAGCGGCCAAAGCCGACCGCAUGUGGCCAUGACCCGGCGAAGAAGCGUCUUCUACGCGGUCUUCGGCAGACGAUGCAGAAGAUGAAUUUUGCCGGCUUGGCAGGCAUGGCAGUGAGCAAGUGCCAGGGAGCCUGCCAGACUGAAUUAAUCCAAGCGAUCGAGCGCUUGCGCAUGUAA